GGGAAGCAGCGGGACCCGCAUUGCAUGCAGAGGGGACGGUGGGUGCCGGUUGAGUGGUCACUGUGGUGGGGGCAUCUCCAGUGAACAAAGGGCAAGCGGCAGGCUCUGCUCACCCCCUUCCCCUCCCCACACACAUACGCGGGCUUAACACAGGAGGGGCAACGCGUGCGACAAUUAGGAUUGUUCUACACGGGUGAAUGGUCGUAUUGUUGUAGGGCCGUACACAUGGUUAUUAUAUUUUUUUCCCCUUCCAAUUGUCGGAAUAAGUUUUCGGUUCGCUCGCUGGGUUUUUGCGGCGAGUCUCAAGGAGAGAAGUUGUUGGCUCAAAGUUGCGCAAGGACCCCGAGGAGUUUAGAGAGUGAGGAGAGGAACAGCAGCGGGAGGAGGAGGAGAUCGAGGAGAGACAUCGCUGCUGUUGAGACAGCUGGCGGGCACGACCAUGGCGGGCGUUACGACGCGCAAGAAGCUGGUGGUGGUGGGAGAUGGUGCGUGUGGGAAGACGUGUCUGCUGAUGGUGUUCAGCAAGGAUAAGUUCCCCGAUGUGUAUGUGCCUACCGUGUUCGAGACCUACGUGGCUGACAUCGAGGUGGACGGCAGGCAGGUGGAGCUGGCCCUGUGGGACACGGCCGGGCAGGAGGACUACGACCGCCUAAGGCCGCUCUCCUACCCUGACACCGACGUCAUCCUCAUGUGCUUCUCCGUGGACAGCCCUGACUCGCUGGAGAACGUGCCGGAGAAAUGGGUCCCCGAGGUGCAGCACUUCUGCCCCAAUGUGCCCAUCGUGCUGGUGGCCAACAAGAAGGACCUCCGUGGUGACGAAUCCGUGCUUCAAGAGCUGGCGCGCAUCAAGCGGGAGCCCCUGAAACCCGAGGAUGGGAGGACCAUGGCGUCUCGCAUCCAAGCCUUCGACUACGUGGAGUGCUCUGCGCAAACCAAGGAUGGUGUGCGUCUCGUCUUCGAGACAGCCACCAGGGCCGCCAUCCAGAAGCAGUCCAAACGCCGCGGCCGCUCGUGCUUCAAGUGCAACCUGCUCUAACGGACAUGGGGGACGUGCGUGAUCGUGUGCGGUCAGGCGGACGUUUGUGGCGACUGAACCACUGUGCCCAGCAACACACCACUGGCAGCAAUACAACCGCUGCUGCUGUCUGCAUCUUCGAUUGGCUACGUACGAUGCGAAAGAAGUUCGAUGUAUGUGCACUCACAUCGUGGUCAACGCCAAACAAUAAUACAGCCACUGCACACACUUUACUGCCAAUGCCACAAAGCUCGGUCGCAUCAGCACUUGUGCCACUGCCAAAAACGUGAGCACAGCCAUGACCACCAUCACCACUAGCUUCAUUGUCAACACCAAAACCUUUUUUUCUGCUGCCAUCGUGGUGCUGAUAGUGGUAUUGACGACAACACCAUCAAUACCACUACCACCACUACUCAUUACCACCUCCACUAUCACCACCACCAUCACUGCUACUGCCACUACUACCGUCGCCGCUUCCUCCACAGGCCUUUCAAUGUCUUUACCAGCUCUCGAUUUCCAUGUUGGCCGUUGAACCUCCCCCGAAGCUUCUUGACAUCCUCCAAUGUCCACCUUACCUGUCCGGCAGCAUCACCAGCAUCCUUGGCUUCUCAACGUCUGCAGCAUCAUCUUGAGCGUCUGUGGUACUCUGGGGGUACUGUGGAAGCGGAGGAGGUAACAAGGGCAGUGAAGGAGAAGAAAUAUAGCUUUGGUAGACACAGUGGAGAGGUGGUGGGGACAGGGAUGAGAGAUGGUGGAGACGAUGUAGAGUUGGAGGAGAAUGAAGAAGUGGUGAAGAUCAUGUAGAGGUGGUGGAGACACGGGAGAGUUGGUGUAGAUGAGCCAGUCCUGAACAAAAUGACACGGAAUGAUUUUGGCAAAAACGAUGCAACUAUCUUCAGCAAUGCUUUCAGACUGCCCUGAUGGCGAAUGUGGACUUUUAAGAUUACUAAUAUAGUAAAUGCUUAUCUUUAAAGGUAAAUGUAUAUUGUACUUUGAAAUGUUGAGCGAUGUUGAUUUAAUUUAUUUGCGAUUUCUUGCAAGACGUUUUUUGUCUUCUGUUUUGGACACUAAUGAAUUUAACCACUUGCGGCUAAAAUUUAAAGCGUAAGUUUACACACCGGUUUGACUUUUAAAAGUAAAUACUGUACAGAACUCUUUUGGUUGAAGUAUCGAGGUAGUUUUUUUUUAUUGUCAAUUUAAGGUACUAUUUUUGGGGAUUACUCAACAUAUAAUUUGGUCCUAUCAUGCGCCUGCUGUUUGUGUUGAACAUGAAAAUCGGUUUACUUUUUAUGGGCUUUGUGAUGUGUAAACUGAGUUUGUAGACACACGUACAUGUGCACUCAUACUGUACACACGUAUAAAACCUGUACACAUACAACUCGCACACAUGUACAUUCAUCUGUACACAAAGACAAAAAGUCCCCUUAUAGGUUUUUUUUAGGCCUUUUUGGAAGUGCUGGAAACAUACUUAAAGCCUAUACACGUACACUUACCCAUGUACGCUCAUCUAUACACAACACAUCUAUGUACAGACAUUUGCACUCUUGCACUAAGUUUAUAUACACACUUCACUGUGUACAUGUACACGCUUACACUUACAUAUACAUGUAUGUUUACAGACAUGUAUGAACAGGUACACACAUGGUAUACAGUUCAAGCACUGCAGCUGUGUAUAUUUCACAAUUUAACAAGUUGUCAAUAAUGGAAUGAGUUUCACGGGACUCCUUUAAACGAAUCCCUUAUCCUCUUGUGAUAAAAAAGAACAGACCCCCCCCCCCCGACUUUUUGCCCACGCAUUUUUUUAAAAGAACCCAAAUAAAGUUAUUUCCGUGAAAAUAAGUUAAUUUUAAAAUCUUUACGUGAGCUUGGAUGACUCAGAGGCAGUAAUUGCACAAGCAAUUGCACAAGCAGUGUACGCUGCUUUCUUAAACAAUGGCACAACAUUUUAGGUAGGAAGUCUUCAACGGAUUUGUCGACACCAUGAUAAUGUGGAAUUUCCAUCGCUGGCUCCCGGGGUCGCCAAGAGAAGAAAAUGGGCACUGCCACACACGGUUGUUUGGGCAGGGGAACACUUUGACUUGAAACAUAUAUGCAGGUGGUUUAUCCAGGAAAAGCCUGACAUGGUUUCUGCAUUUGGGGGGGGGGGGG